AGGCUGAAUUGCCUUUUGCAUUCCUGGUGCAGAAGAUUCUGCAUAGAUUUGGAGUGCCUAUGGCAACAGAAACCUUGAAGACCUCCAGAGGCUGGAAUGCUAUAUUUGGUGAGAGGCUCCUGAAGCAGUGUGGGAUCCUGCCGAACAGAGCGGGUAUCUGGACGUGGAAGAAGGCACCAGAACCACCUGAGAUCCCAGUCCACCACGAUGCUGAGAUGGAGGAUGCACCUGCAGGCCUUGAUGAUGAUGACGAUGAUGAUGGCGUUGCUGAGGUUGAUGUCAGACAGACACGUCCCACCCGCAGUCGGCGACCACCAGCUCCUCCUGAGGGUGGAUGGACACUUGAUCAUGUCAUGGCAUCCAUAUAUGAUCUGACUACUGACUUUAGAGGAUAUAGACAGAGCACGAGCAAGUGGCGGAACCAGAUGGACACAAAGGUUGCACAGUUGGACACAAGGGUUACACGCUUGGAGGGUUUAGUUGGCGAGGGUGCCCAUACUCAGGAGGAGGAGGAUGAUGACAAUGGGGACGACACACAAUCGGAUGAUGAGAAUGGGGAUGACACGCAAUCGGAUUAG